GAGAGGCGCGGUGGGCUUGCGGCACAUUGAGCGAGGCAGCGGCAAAGCGAGAGCAUGUCUGGCCGGGGCAAGGGCGGCAAGGGGCUCGGCAAGGGCGGCGCCAAGCGCCACCGCAAGGUGCUGCGCGACAACAUCCAGGGCAUCACCAAGCCCGCCAUCCGCCGCCUGGCUCGGCGCGGCGGCGUCAAGCGCAUCUCGGGGCUCAUCUACGAGGAGACGCGCGGCGUGCUCAAGGUCUUCCUGGAGAACGUGAUCCGCGACGCCGUCACCUACACGGAGCACGCCAAGAGGAAGACGGUCACGGCCAUGGACGUGGUCUACGCGCUCAAGCGCCAGGGCCGCACUCUCUACGGUUUCGGCGGCUAAACCUAGCGUAGUUUUAAGUCAUACUGUUUUAAACACCAAGGCUCUUUUCAGAGCCACCCACAAAUUUCACGAUAAGAGCUGUUAAUUACUCAUUCGUGUACCCGUGUUUUUACACACAUACGAGGAUAUAAAGAAACCAAAAACAUUUUAAA